AUGCUUCUAGAGAUUGCUCGCUUCGUGUUUCUGGCGCUGACGGAUUUGGCCAUGCUUCCGGCCCUUAACGUAAUGAAGAAAAAUCGCCGCCACUUCGAGCUAUUUGUGGGAAUCCUGCAUCUCAUAGUGGCCUUCACUUUUAACGCCGCCGAGGCGUUUGACACUGAAUUGUUUCUCAAAGAAGACGAUUGGCAUUUUAUUUCGGAUGUGCUGACUGUGUCGUAUUUUCUACUGCUCUGCGUGCAUCUCAUGGGCUACAAAGACGAGAAUCACAACAUUGUAUUGCGCUAUGUGGCGUUUGCUUGCGCUUGGAUCUUUAAGACUAAGGAUAGCUGGAACGACAUGCUCUACCAGGCGCUACUCGUGAUCUGCUAUAUAAUCGGUGUUUUUUACCGUCGUAUUUUCACGCCUGCCACCGGCAUCUCCCCUUUAAACAAGCAGAAUUUAUUCAGUUCAUUCAAGUGGUUGGCUGCAGCGUUCAUUGCGCUGAUAAUCGUCCUUGUAUUUGAGGUAGAUGAGAAUCACAAUGCGCUGGGAUUUGCUAUGGGUUUGCUGCACAUCUUUGGUGGUGCGUCUUUCUACUACGCUUGGCUUUCAGUGCCCUGCAUGGAUUCCAAAAAGGAUGACGCUAUCCCCAUGCAUAGCGUGUUUGUAUAG